AUGGCAUCAUCAACAUCAUCAACUCCAUCACCUAAUCCCACGGCUACAGUGAAUAGUGGCGGUAGUGGUCCUCCAUCGGCUGGAACAAGUGGUCAAGUUUCAAAUAGUUCAAGUACAAAUUCAGGUCAACAACAAUUAUCUGGUUCAAAUAAUCCUGCCAAUGAUGCUCCUGUUUCUCCUGAACGUAUUGCAUGUUGGAUAACUGAAUUAUUAUCAUCAAACACACGUGAAAAUGCCUUAAUGGAAUUAAGUCGUAAACGAGAAAAAGUUGUUGAUUUAGCCGUUUUACUUUGGCAUUCAUUUGGUUCAGUUGCUGUACUUUUACAUGAAGUUAUUUCGGUUUAUCCAUAUAUAACACCUCCAACAUUGACAGCUCAACAAUCAAAUCGUGUUUGUAAUGCAUUAGCAUUACUUCAAUGUAUAGCAUCUCAUCCUGAAACUCGUACCUUAUUUAUUCAAGCCAAUAUUCCACUAUUUCUUUAUCCGUUUUUAAAUACAAAAUCAUCAACACGACCAUUUGAAUAUUUACGUUUAACAUCAUUAGGUGUUAUUGGUGCACUUGUUAAAACAGACGAAACAGAAGUUAUUAAUUUUUUAUUAACAACUGAAAUAAUUCCACUAUCAUUACGUAUAAUGCAAUCAGGUAGUGAAUUAUCUAAAACAGUUGCAACAUUUAUUUUACAAAAAAUUCUUGCUGAUGAUUGUGGUUUAAAUUAUAUAUGUCAAACAUUUGAUCGAUUUUCACAUGUAGCUAUGGUUUUAGGAAGGAUGGUUCUUCAACAGCAAAAAGAAGCUAGUGGCCGUUUAUUAAAACAUAUAAUUCGUUGUUAUUUACGUUUAUCGGAUAAUGCAAGAGCACGUGAAGCUCUUCGAUCAUGUCUUCCUGAUUGUCUUAAAGAUCAUACAUUUGAUGCUGUUCUUAAAGAAGAUCAAUCAACUAAAAAAUGGCUAUCACAAUUAUUACUUAAUCUUGAAUCACCGGUAGCACCAAAUACAGCUAAUUCUCAACAACAAGCACCAGGUUCUGUUGUUCCACAACAAACACAACCUGCAUCACCACUUGGAAUGGGAUAG